AUGUACGCCAUUACACGGCACUUGUGCUACGUCGCCGGCAUAGGCUGCAUCAGCAGCAGCGGUGGCUCCCACGGUACCGGAAGUCACUAUCGUAACUCCACCCAACUCGCCGACGCCUUUCAGUCGGUGCAGCAGCGCAACCAAUGGCCCUUCGAUCACGUUCUCAUCGACGUCUCCUUCCUCGCCAACUCCCUCGGCUACCUCACGCGCGACCUGGUCGGCCACGAACGCGACCGCGAAACGGUGAAGAACAUCCACAGACAGCUGCACACGGUCGUCCUGCGCCGCCUCCAAGCGCGCAAGAGCCUCGCACUGCUGCUGGAUGGCAGCGAGCCACUCUGGAUGCUCGAACAUCGGCGCCUCUUCCCUGGCCGACGGUACGACUCCAGGGUCUACCGCAGCUGUGCCUCGCCGAUGCCCUACCUGCUGGAGGAGAAACUCCGCGGAACUGCCAUGGAGCAGCGCACCCCGCCCUCGGAAGCCGUCAUCAGCGGCCCAGCCACCCCCGGACUGGCAGAGGGCAAGAUGAGCGCUUAUCUGCUGGACCUUGCUACUCGCAUUGCUCGGCCACCGACAUUCCCGCCGCACCUCUGCACCCCGGUCACGGCGAACGACACCAUCUGCCUGGUUGGUGGGCCCGAGCUGGCUUGGAUGGGUGUUGGUAUGACGCCAUUUCACAACAUCACAAGCGUGACACUGCAGCAGGGGGAGCUGAAGAGCUGCUCGCUGCUGGAGUCGAUGGAGUGGAUGCGGCUGGAUCACCUGCUGAAGGAGGCGCCAGAGCAGACACAUGGCAACAGCGACGGCGGCGCGGCGUUGACGCUACAGCGGCGCCUGACCGCUGUCCGUACCGACCUCGUCCUGCUCUACCUGCUGACCAAUGGGCACCCCACUACAGGACUCCCGCAAGUGCUGGCAGCCCCCUUUGCCGACGUGCUGGACGCGUACGUGGACAUGGAGAAGGAGCAGCACAGUGAGGCAGCACUGAGCACGCCGCAGAACGCACUGCGCUUUCGAAGCGUGUUGUUCGACGAAGAACCUGUCACCGGCGCGCAUCUAGGGCGGCCGGCGCUGCGACUCCGCUUGGUGGCCCUUCAGCGGCUGCUCGUCCGCAUCGUGAGGGCGUUGUUGGGACCACACGUUGGUCUUCCGGCCGGCAACCGUCCCACCUCCCACGCGGCCACGCUGCUGGAGAUGGCGCUGCAGACACAUGGGUUGCUCUGCUCCGGCGGCGUGCCGUCUCAAGCGUGGAGCCCAACACCCGAUCCGGCAGCUGCCUCGAGUAAGAGCGGCGCCCCCACCGUCCUGAACGGCACUGUGCUCCUCGACAAGUUCCCCAGGUUGUCUGCGGAGAUGCUCCUACAACACGUGACCUACCUCCUCAGCCACGAAGCGAAGCCGCAUACGGGGAACUCGGCGGAUGGCGCCGCCACUUUUGCUCCCAGUGCUAAGGAGGACAGCGACAGCGCGUACCUGAGCCCGCAGCACACACGGCACUUUGGGCUGACCGGUGUCGAGACGCUCCUCCUCACUGCAACGCAGGCGGACCAGGUGAACCAAAUCCUGCCUCUCUACGCUCGCGGCCACACCCUUCCGGACGGCGUGGCCGAGGAUAUCGCACAGACGCGCAACAUCCAUGAGGCCGUGCGCAAGACGAAGCGGGUGCUGAGUCGAGUGCUGGAACAGGCCAGCCAGGAGCUCGCCAGGCAAUCUGCCACCGGCGCCGACGGAGAAAGCAACAGCACCGCCGCCGCAGUCGAUGCUGCUGGCAACAAUGGGCCACACCCCGCUCUCACUCACCUUCCGUCGUUCUUGUUUGUGCGCACCGCCGGUGCUCGCGGGCCACCGCCGGGGUGGGCGUACUACGGCGUUCACCUCGGCAUCAAGGCGGAGGCCAUGAGCAUGCGGUCCAACCUCAACGCAUCCGACACGACAGCGCAGCGCGUCAUGGCGAGCAGCAGUAGCGACAAUAACAGCAACGGCGAAGUCACCGCAGCUGCUGGAAGCGAUGUCGGUGCGGAGUCGGCCCGCAACGCCAGUGUUAACUGA